AUGGCCUUCAACUUCAGCACACCUUCUUCAAGCGCCGCUUCGGGCCAAGCGACCACAUCUACGACUGCCCCGGCCACAGGUGCUACGAGUACGCCGACGAGUGCGCCCGCAACCAGCACACCGUUAUUCGGCCAGACAACGAGUGCUUCUUCCGGAGGAAGCUUGUUUGGCGGCGCCAGCAAACCAGCAGGAGGGAACAUUUUUGGUGGUACCUCGACACCAGCGGCAGGGGCGAACGCAUCCUCCACGCCUACGUCAACCAAUCUGUUUGGCAGUCAACCCGCUACCACUGCCGCGCCCGCUGCUGGCACACAGGGAACUACAACAGGUGCCUUGUUCGGAUCUGCGGCUAGUGCGCCUCAGUCUGGAUCAGCCACGCCGGCGACGGGUGGUGGCUUGUUUCAAAACACUGGCACUUCUUUGUUCGGCAACCAAGCAACUCCUGCGAAGCCCUCAUUUGGAGGGUUUGGAUCCACGACACCGGCAGGGGCGCCUCCAGCCGAUGCGUCUAAAUCUGCUGGGUCCAAUCUGUUUGGGGGCGGUGGAGCUUCGUCAAGUACUUCUGGGAGCUUGUUCGGCCAAUCUACGACUCCAGCUUCCACCACCACUCAAUCACAAACCGGGACUGGCGCGACGACCGGAUCAGGCAACAUCUUCCAAGCUAACACUGCUCAGACGCCUGCUACGGGAGGUUUGUUCAGCAACGCCCAACCUGCUACUUCCACACCCAGCUCUAGUGCGCCUUCCGCAGCCACCCCGGCUACAGGCCAGCAGUCGCUCUUUGGCAGUGCGCCUACCACGUCCUCUCCGGCAGCGUCGAGUUCGACUGCACCCAAGCCUCUGUUUGGAAAUGCCCCUGCAAACACAACCGCGGCAUCUACACCUAGCUUGUUCUCGUCAACAACUCCCGCCACCACAGCAGCCACUGGCUCCACAACGGCGGCCGGUUCCUUGUUUAAUCUGAAGCCGUCGACCACUGGUGCAUCGGCCACCCCAAGUACCACCGCUGCGGCACCGAGCCUGUUUGCGUCGCAGACUGCUUCGACCGCUGCACCGGCUACCACCAGUACGACGACCGCUGGCAGCACUACCGCCCCCGCAAUUUCCGCCCCUGCAGCCACCACUGGGACUAAACCGGCCGACGCCACGGCAGCUCCGGCUUCGCAGAACGCGAAGCCCGCAGGUGGCGCCUCACUGUCGGCUUCCACAAUGGGGCCGCCAUCUCAACUACCCCGGCUCAAGAACAAGACAAUGGACGAGAUCAUCACGCGGUGGGCGACCGACCUGUCAAAGUACCAGAAAGAGUUCAAGGAACAAGCGUCCAAGGUCGCUGAAUGGGACCGAAUGCUGGUCGAGAACGGUGAGAAGAUUCAGAAGCUUUAUUCGAGCACCUACGAGGCCGAGAGAGCGAGCAAUGAGAUUGAACGCCAGAUCUCCAACGUGGAGAGCCAGCAGGAGGAGCUCUCAUUGUGGCUGGACCGGUACGAGCAGGAUCUGAACGAACUCUACGCCAAGCAGGUAGGCGCCAAUGAGCAGGUGGCCGGCCCGGACCAGGAACGUGAACGCACGUACAAGCUUGCCGAGAAACUGACGGACCGCCUCGAUGACAUGGGCAAGGACCUCACCAAAAUGAUCAAGGAGAUCAAUGACAUGUCGAGCACCCUGAGCAAGGGCGGCAAGGCCGACGAUCCGCUGACGCAGAUUGUCCGCGUCCUGAACGGGCAUCUGGCCCAAUUGCAGUGGAUCGACUCGAAUACCACUGCACUCCAGGCCAAGGUAGCGGCGGCUCAGAAGGCGAGUGGCGCCAUGGGUGCAAAUGUCACGGCUCAGGAAUCGGAUGCUGCGGAGAGCUUUUACCGGUCCUACCGGGGCUCGUACAAGUGA